AUGAGCGCCAGAACUCCCAGAAACACCUCUGGAAACACCACCGGAAACACCGGAACAGCCAGAAACACCAACGGAAGGGCUGGGAAUGCCACAAACACCGGGAACGCUGGGAACGCCAGGAACAAUACUACAAACACCGCAAAUACCCGCACGGGCAGUAAUGCAGCAACCGCCGGGGCCGGCGCCGCCAACACCCCGUUGCCUCAAUUCAUGGCCGAAAUUGAGGUUUACAUCAAGCUGAAACCCAGCGUGGAAGCUGCGCUGAGAGAAAAGAAACGAUCGAACUUUUCUUCUUUGCCACUGCACUGGCAGCAGGGUACCGUCAAAGCGUCGCAGCGGCGCUGGGUUAAUGAGGCCGUUACAAAAACUAUCGCCGGCGUUUUGGGCGAGGAUUACGGAUGGCGGUGCGACCCGGAUAUCAGCUUGCGAGACGACUGGCUCCAGAUCGGCUCGGAUGCUGAAGCAAGGAAGUGGUGGGGCAUCGAACUCACUACGCCACUCAUGUCGGUAUUGGAGCAGUGGCAACGGGAGAUCAAUGCGGUUUGGGACGUUCUUGGUAAGACGUUCGACUUCUGGACCGACAACCUCUGCGGCUUCCACGUCCACAUCAAACCCGGGCCCACCAGACAAAGCCGUUACACGCUGGAUCAGAUUGUCAAGACGGCCAAAGGAACCUACUUUUGGGAGCAUGCGUUGUCCCGCCUCGUGCCGCAGAGCCGUUCCUGGAAUGAGUACGCCCUGCCAAACGGCACUGCUUUUGGCGGGCCCGAAGACAUGUCCGUCUCCAACCAAGGGUGGACGCCGCUCUUUUCCAAGAUCGACCGACUUGCGGCUGUAUCAGAGUCCAAACUUGUCGAUGCCAUCAAAGGCGGGGAGACCUCUCGCGGCUGGACCGCGAAGCUAUCAACCAACUUUUGCCCGCUCUACGAAAAAGGCACCAUCGAGUUCCGUCGCCAGGCCGGCGUCGCCUCCGCCAUGAGCACCAUCCGCGGUAUCCUCCUAGCCGUCACACUCCAUAUCAGCGCUCUCCUCUAUGACUUCGACCGAACCAGUACCCGGCGGGACCGCCGAGACAGCGAUGAACUACUCAAGGAACUCGCGGGGUGCAUCAAAAAGCUUCCCGAAACAUGCCACGGGACUCGGUUCAUCAAUAUCAGGGAGGAGGCUUUUCGGAAGGGAGCGGAGCCUCCGAAUCAGGUUACCUAUGACCGUUUUGCUGAGGCUUGUCCUCCUGAAGCGCUGGUGCUGCCGGCAUAUGUACAGCCAGCGUCCACGGCUUCCACGGGCACGAACACCGCCCCACAAACACGACAAGGAACAGCCCCCACGGCCCAAGGAAGGGGAGGAGGAGUAGCGGGAGUAAGCGGGAGAGGAGGUGUCUCCAGCGUGAGAGGAGGAGGUCCUUCCAGCGGGAGGGGAGGAGGAGCCGUGAGCGGAAGAGGCGGCGCGGCGACCACCUCAACCCCAUCCCGCACCACAUCAGCCCGAGUAUUACUGCGAUCGCCCACCAGCCCCCGAACCAGCGGUGGUGGUGGUGGUGGCAUGACGACGAUGCGUUUGCCUGAACGACCUGCGGCAGUGUCGUCUACUUCCUCCCGGCCUGUGGCCAGCUCGGGGAACAACAACACCACUAGUAAUAACACUACUACGCCUGCUGCUGGACAGCGGCGGCGCCAGCAGCAGGGUUAG